AUGCAUCAUGAUGCUAUGCAAAAACUUCUGGAAGCUCAAAGUGCCUUUUUUGAAAAAUUCGCUGCGCUACAAAUUAAUCAACAACAAGUGCCUCAAACUGGUUUAUCUCAAACUAUGAAUUCAACAAAUCCAUCUGCUGAUGUGCGUCUACCAAAAUUAAAUGUUCCAGUUUUUGAUGGAAAAUAUAGUGAUUUCAAAUCAUUUUUUGACUUGUUCACUAGCUCAAUCCACAACAAUAAUUCACUGGCAGCUGCUCAAAAGUUCCAAUAUUUAAAAGGAUUAUUGAAGGAUGAACCCGCUAAUCUUAUACGUCAUCUUCAAGUUACUGAUCAAAAUUAUGAAGAAGCCCUGAUGAAGCUACAAGAACGCUACGAUAAGCCUUCAUUAGUGGUUGACUCAUUUAUUGAAACUUUUUUAUAUAUUCCAAAAGCUGAUAACACUGCAAGUCUACGUCAUUUAUCCAAUGUUGCUGAUGAGGUGGUAAGAGGUUUGCGAGCACAAGGUGCCGAUGCUGAAAAACGUGAUCCAUGGUUAAUUCAUAUUUUGAGCAAAAAAAUUGAUCGAGAAUCCCUACAAGCUUGGGCAGAACAUUGUGGUAAAGUAUUAUUCCCUUCGCUGGACAGUUUUAUCACAUUUAUUAAUAAAAGAUGUGAUGCUUUGGAACGUUUACCAUCUACAAAUAAACAUUUACAAAAGAGUAAGUCGAUUCGCGCUUAUACUAGCAACAUGAAAAAGGGAUGCGUUGUUUGUACCCAAAACCAUCAUCUCUCUUAUUGCCCUACGUUCAAUAGAGUUGAUACGUCUUCUCGAAUUGAAAUAAUAAAAGAGAAGAAUUUGUGCUUUAACUGCCUGAAACCAAAUCAUCGAGUACAAAACUGUCCGUCAAGAAUUACUUGUGAAGUUUGCCAUGGUCAUCAUCACUCUUUAAUACAUUUGGAGCAUAAGCCGGCAGCUAACUCUUCAACUAAGGUAAAAAAGCCAGAGGAUGAACUAACAAAAAAGCCAGCUGCUGCUAAUACAACCUUCCUCAUAUCUGAGGAUUCUUCGGUGAAUUUAUCAACAUCAUCUGAGAAAAGUGUGCCCAAAGAUUAA